AUUGUGGCUCAAUUUAGGCUAAACUCAUUGACAAAUGGAGUUGUGGAUUGUCGAGUUGGUUAAACUAAUUUUUCGAUUAUUUACACUUGAUUGCUCUCCGGUGUGUAGGAAAUCAACGAUUAAAACACGUAUUCGUAAACUAGAAAAACAAGAUUAGUUGGAUUUAUACAAUUCUACGCGGGAAUCUGAAAUGUCUUCAUCAUGACAAGGUUGGUUGUUAUUGAUCGCACAGAGCUGAUAAGUCCUGAUAAGACCCAAACACUAUGUGAGUCAGGACCAUGCGGGCCGUGUGGAUGGCCGUUGCUUUUAUCUUGCAGAUCAUUCUGGUUCAGAUGGGGUACAGUAGACUGCGCCACCGUGGACUGAUGCAUUGUAGGAGGUGUGGGCCAGGCUGGGGUGUGGUGGUGCACUGCUCAGCUGAGGUAGACACGAAGUGUGCACCAUGUGCGCCAGGCAGCUAUUCUCCACACCACUCUUAUCACGCAGUGUGUUGGCCAUGUGCGCGAUGUGGCCCAGGACUAUACCAAGCACAUCCUUGCACACCUGUCAGUGACACAGUGUGUGACAGCUGUGAAAGACUGAGAUUCAUCAAUGGCAGUGCUCACUGCCCGACAGACGGCACUGCUCUAACGACAAGGAGGAGGGAUCACAACAUUCCAGUGUGAUUACGAGGAAAUUGUGUCCUUCUAUAAAAUAAGGCUGACAUAUUGAAGAAUUAUAAAUAGAGUAAAGGUUUUGAUCAUAAAUGCAUUCCCUUGUAAUGGAUCCCGAAGCUACAUUAAAUGGUGGACAGCAUCAAACGGAUAAAGAAAAUUGCAGUUAGGUUUGAUUAAAGAAGUAUAGAAGCAUACGUUUUUUGAACAUAAUGUCGUUCUUGUAUUUAAUUAGUUGCCAAUAAGAUACAACUGUUGUAGUUUUAGGUAAUGAAAUAUUUUACUUUGUAACUUAACAAAGAAAAAUAUUUCAUAACCUUUACAACUGAAAAGAUAUAGGUGAAAAGAUAUUUAGAAAGGUGACAAGAAAUUUUGUUUUACUUCAUUUCAUAGACAAAUUAAUCCUUGCCAAUGCGAUUGGGUGCGUAUAUUGACAUAUUGUUUUGGACUGAUAAAGUAACACAAAUAAUGAUAAGUAACCAUCUCGAUUUGAGUAUGGUAUGUAUCAAAGGCUCCUCUAAUACAAGGGGCUGCGGUGAUACUAAAGUGAAACCAGUACCGAAACAGCGGUUGUUCUAAAAUUAUAAUGGAGCUUUUUUAGCAAUGU